CCAUUUCGCCCUUCCCUUUAAGACGCACCGCCCCUUCUCAGUCACUCCCAAGAUGGCGGACCUACUGGGCUCCAUCCUGAGCUCCAUGGAGAAGCCACCCAGCCUCGGUGACCAGGAGACUCGGCGCAAGGCCCGAGAGCAGGCUGCCCGCCUGAAGAAACUGCAGGAGCAAGAGAAACAACAGAAAGUGGAGUUUCGUAAAAGGAUGGAGAAAGAGGUGUCAGAUUUCAUUCAAGACAGUGGGCAGAUCAAGAAAAAGUUUCAGCCGAUGAACAAGAUAGAGAGGAGCAUACUACACGAUGUGGUAGAAGUGGCUGGCCUGACAUCCUUCUCCUUCGGGGAAGACGACGAGUGUCGCUACGUCAUGAUCUUCAAAAAGGAGUUUGCACCCUCAGAUGAAGAGCUGGACUCCUACCGUCGUGGAGAGGAGUGGGACCCCCAGAAGGCUGAGGAGAAACGGAAGCUGAAGGAGCUGGCCCAGCGGCAGGAGGAGGAGGCGGCCCAGCAGGGACCUGUGGUGGUGAGCCCCGCCAGCGACUACAAGGACAAAUAUAGCCACCUCAUCGGCAAGGGGGCAGCCAAGGAUGCAGCCCACAUGCUACAGGCCAACAAGACUUACGGCUGUGUGCCUGUGGCCAACAAGAGGGACACACGUUCCAUUGAAGAGGCCAUGAAUGAGAUCAGAGCCAAGAAGCGUCUGCGGCAGAGCGGGGAAGAGUUGCCACCUACCUCCUAGGCACCCCAGCUCCCUGGGACAGGACCGGGGGCAGAGAGGGACAAGGCUGCUGCUAUUAGAACCCGUCCUGGAGCCCCACCUCUGAACCACCUCCUAACAGCUGUCACUCAGGCUGGGGGAAGCAAGUGUUUGUCACUGUUGGAGCUUGGAUAUGGAUGUGUUGUGUGUUUGUGUGUGUGUGCGUGUGUGUGUGAAAGAGUGUGAAUGCACGGGUGGGUAUUUAAUCUGUAUUAUUCUUUGUUCUCCUUGAAAUUUUCUUCCCCAUGGGGCUGGGGUUACUCUACAUUCAAUAAACACUGUUUGACCCAAA